AUGGCUGAAACAAUGAUCUCAACCCCAACAGAGACCCUCUCUUCACUUCUAGAUAAAUUCGCACAACUCAAGCAAAAACGACAGGAGGCAAUUAAACUCAACAAGGCGGAUGUGGCUCAAGAGACAAGAAGGCAAAAGCUCACAUCACUUCAAGCAAAAUCAUCCCAUCAUCAUGAAGCUGAUUCGCGAAAGAGCCUUAGUGAUAGUGAAAGAGUCAUGGAGUACACAAUAGAGGAAUGUGAAGCUUGGGAAGAGAGGCGACAGAGAAAAAUGAAUACUGGUAUUCAGGAUCAAGACAAAUUAGCAGAAGCUUCGUACUACAAAGAGAUCAAGGAAUUGAAAGUAGACAAAGAGGCUUACCUAAACAGUAAGAAUGAUUCCGAUGUGGCAAAUGUCGACAAAGACGUGAAAGAAGAAGUUAGCGCCAUGGUCAAAAAUUCCAAAGACCGAAAGUUCAAUAAGAAACGAGGACGUACAGAUGAUGAAGCUGGAAAUUAUAUCAGUGAAAAAAACAGGCAGUUCAACUUAAAACUCAAUCGACAAUACGAUUAA